CACAAAAUGGCCGCUCCUUCCGAAGCGCUCUGUCCACUCGCUGAUUGAGUCCUGCAGAAGACGGACGUAGGAACGAUCCAAUGAGUCUUAGGCUCUCUGGGAAGGGGGCAGGGGCCACGGUGAGACAAAUUUGCGCGGGUUCGGACUAGGCGGUCAGUCAUGGCGGCUUUCCGUGACAUGGAGGAGGUGAGCUACGGGCUACUGAGCCUGCUGGCGGCCAACCGCGCCGAGGCGCAGCAGCGGCGGCUGCUCGGGCGUCAUGAGCAGAUGGUGGAGCGGCUGCUGGAGAUGCAGGACGGCGCCGACCAGCAGCUUCGGGAGACUCUGGCUGUGGAGGAGGAAGUGGCUCAGAGCCUCCUUGAAUUGAAGGAACGUACGCGCCUGGGAGGCACCGAGCUCCAGCAGCUGGAAGUGGAGCUCCAGAAGGCCAGCCAGGAGGAUUCCUGUCUGCAGGCCAGGCUCUGUCAGCUCACCGCAGAGCUGCAGGAGCUCAGGGAGAUGGAGGAGGAUCUCCAGCGACAGGAGAGAGACGUGGAUGAAGACAACACUGUCACCAUCCCCUCUGCAGUUUCACCACGGCCCCAGCGUGGCCCAGCCUAUCCAUUUGGACAGUGCACAGCUCUCACAGAAGUUCAUCAGCGACUACCUCUGGAGCCUGGUGGACACCGCAUGGUAGCCAGAGCCUUGACCUUGCAUAGGAUUGAGGUUGAAGGGGCCAAGAAAGGGAUCACUGUAAAAUUAAAUUCUAUAUGUAAACGAGUUCGUCAAUCUAUUCGCUUGCUUUGAGACAGUGUCUCGUUGAGCCCAGGCCGGCC